GGUUUAUAGGGGGGUUUUAGCCAUCUGAGGGAGAGGGAGAGAGAGAGAGAGAGAGAGAGAGAGAGAGCGAACGUUCCUGGGAGGAACAAGGGUUGAAGAAGGGAGGAAGGGAAUUUGGUUGCCAAUUCGUGGUUUGACACCUCGUCAUCCUCCGGUCUCGCCUCCGCUUGAGUUGGGAAAAGAUUUAGUAGGAAUUGCUGGCGAUCUUGUCGGAAUUGGAGAUGUUUUAGCAGGGACAACUCCCUCGUCUUCUCCGAAGAUUUAGGAAAGAAGGGUUCUUCUAUUUUGAAAUUGCUGCCCCUACUUGUGAUGAAUCUUUGGGGUUUGGUGGUUCAGAACAGGAUGCAAGGCGGAUCAGGUGCUUAUGAGGCCCCUAUGGUGCCACAUUUUCCGAGAUCAGCUAGGGGGAAGCGAUCGGCAAGAAAGAAGACUGUGGACCCGCAGAUGUGUGCAAUUGAUUUGCUCGCCAAUCUAGCAAGCACUUUGUUGUCAGAAAGGGAAAUUUUGCCAACUCCAGAUUACAAUGUUCAAACAUCUCCCACCGUUUCAAUACAUAAUACUGUUAAACGAGAGAAAAUUGAUGCCCAGAACUCGUUAAAAUUUGAGGCCUGUGAUCUGCUAAGUUAUAUCGAGGAUGUACAUUAUCCUGAAAAUUUAUUUAAAAGGAUGAAAACAAAUGACUUGAGCAAUCAUUCAAUGGCCUUACAAGCCACAACGCCAGAGCCUGCUUCUCUCUUUGCAACGUCUGAAAUAUUACAUGAGGAUGCUAUUGCUCAAGAACAGAAUUUCAUUGGUAAGAAUGAUAAAUUUGUGCAUGGCUCCUAUGUCAUUUCUGAGCAAUGUGGCACAGAGAAUCUUGAUUCUAGUACCGUAGAGUUGCAUGAUCUAAAUGAAGUAAGGAGCAAGGCAACAUUCCGAGCUGAACAAGUGGACAGAGCUGUAAAAGAUGACAAAGAUGUAUACAUGAGUGAUGCAAACAAUCUAAAAAAUUGUAUUGAAAAUUUUGCUGCUUCAGUUAGUUCUGACAACAAUUUUGAUAUUCCCUUGGACAAGAACAACAUUCGCAAGAAGCUCCUCUUUCCUAAUCCAGAAGAUCACAUGGAUCCUGCUGCAGAUAACAAUUCUGUGAAUUCUUCUGAAUGUACUCAAUCUGUUGUUACUUGCAAGGCCUCUAGGUUUCAGCACACAGGUGAAAGCCAGAGGAUAAGAAAGCUUUUAGCAUCUAGAUUGAGAAAAGUAGCUCCAGCAAAUUUGCAGGAUGGAAAGAGAGCUAGCUAUGCCAUGGAAAACAAGACUUCUUUACGUGGUAAGAAAAUGGAUUAUACACGUCCAAGAACAUUGAUGAAGUCCUUCAGGAAAAGAAAAUUGUUUGAUCAUUAUUCUGCGUCAGCUUUUGAUGGAGGGAUUUGUUGUGAAGCAAAUGACACGUGGUCUUCAAUGAAAGUAACAAAGUCAUGCAAUAGUUCUUCAGACUACCAUGCUAAACUCAAAAUCAAGUCUUUUGAGGUGCCAGAACUUAUUGUUGAAGUUCCUGAAACAACUACUAUUGGCUCACUAAAGAGGACCAUUAGGGAGGCUAUAACUGCUAUCCUUGGAGGCAAGCUGCAUGUUGGUGUUCUUUUUCAAGGAAAGAAGGUUACAGAUGACAGCAAGACCUUGCACCAGGCUGGGAUUUCGCAAAGUGAUAAGUUUGGUGACUUAGGUUUUAUAUUGGAACCAAAUAUUAGACAUGUUCCAGAAAAUCUGACAUGCCCGAGAGACCCUCAUCUCCUUAGUCUUGGUUGUGCUCCUGAUCAACUAGAUAUAUUUCCACCUGUAACACCUUCUGCCAUAGACCGAUUUGCAUUGGAUGAUGCUACUCAAAAUUGUUUAAAGGCCGCUCCUGAAAGCGAUCGUGAUUCAGUUCAGUCACAAACUAAUGCAUCAUCACCUGAAAAGCAAAUUGCCAGUUCACUACCUCUGGUUGUUGUGCCACCGCCAUUAAAUGAGGAGGCAAUGGCCGUGGUUCCUUUUCAUAACAAGCCUAAGAGCAAAUUGUGUCAAGUUGGUCAACGUCGGGUUCGAAGGCCAUUCACUGUUGCCGAAGUGGAAGCCCUGGUCCAGGCAGUGGAAAAGCUUGGAACAGGAAGGUGGAGAGAUGUCAAACUCUGUGAAUUUGAGAAUGAAAAGCACCGGACAUACGUGGAUCUAAAGGAUAAAUGGAAGACGUUAGUACACACAGCCAGGAUUUCUCCGCAACAAAGAAGAGGAGAACCCGUCCCUCAAGAGCUUUUAGAUAGGGUUCUGUCAGCCCACUGUUAUUGGACCAAGCAACAAAUGAAUCUCCAAGUGAAACCGCUUCCUGCUUCUUAAACUCUUGCUCCUCUCACUCAUAACCAGGAAAGUAGAUGCUAUUUGAUUAAUGUAGAUAAACAGAUGCACAAUUUUUUUUUAUAAAAAAAAGGAGAAACAAGUUCAUAGCUGGUAGAACUGUUUAACUUUCGUUCAUUAACCGCCAUCAUUAUUCACCACUAUUCUUUCACGCGGAAGUUCUUCAGAAUGGAGGAGGAAAAGAUGAUCGUUCUUCUGUGAUUAUAUGUCCAGGAAAGAGAAUUAACUGAGCAAAAGAAACCAGACAGUUUGUAUCACAAACCGGUGACUUCUCAUUAGUUUAACACAUUCUUUUCUGUGGGAUCUACUACUUAUGCUGCGGAAGAUGUCAAGAUUGAUUCUUUUAUUUUCUUCUCAUUCAAUGUUGUAUUGAUUUCUGUUUUUCUUGUUCACUUCAAGCGCUUAAUUGUAACAAUUGAUUCGUUUAUAACAUUAAUUUGAUGUUGUGAUACAUGCAAUUUAAUGUCGAA